GAUGAACUGGAGUCCUUGCGCUCUUCCGCCAUGGCGUUUCGCUGCGCGCUUUUAGCCCUCCAGAGCCAAAGAGCCCCCAGACAACAGACGUUCCUGCGCAACGUAUAGCAGUAACUCCCAGCUCGGUCUUGCGCCGUAGUUUACAGUAUUUAAUUUUAUGUAAUAUAUAUUAUUUAUUCUAGUAUCUUGUUACCUCAUCUUCCGUUUACAUAUCUUGAAAGCCGUGCAGUUAUUCUCACAUUCAUUGCAAACCUCUCACUCCGAGAAUGGAACCGACCGUGGCCACGCUGACCACCAGCUCCGUCGCUGCUUCUGGUGCGAUGGGGAACUACCUAUGGAUGCUCAUCCUGGGCUUCAUCAUUGCCUUUGUCCUGGCCUUCUCCGUGGGAGCCAAUGAUGUAGCGAAUUCUUUCGGCACUGCCGUGGGCUCCGGGGUGGUGACCCUGAAGCAGGCUUGUAUCCUGGCUAGCAUCUUUGAAACCGUGGGCUCCGUCUUGUUGGGGGCCAAAGUGAGCGAGACGAUCCGGAAGGGCUUGAUUGACGUGGGGAUGUACAACAAGACCCAGCCGCAGCUGAUGGCCGGCUCGGUCAGUGCCAUGUUCGGUUCUGCGGUGUGGCAACUAGUAGCUUCGUUUUUGAAGCUUCCUAUUUCUGGUACCCAUUGUAUAGUCGGUGCGACCAUUGGUUUCUCACUUGUGGCAAAGGGACAAGAGGGUGUCAGGUGGUCUGAACUGAUAAAAAUCGUGAUGUCUUGGUUUAUUUCUCCGCUGCUUUCUGGUAUUAUGUCUGGAAUCUUAUUCUUUCUUGUCCGAGCUUUCAUCCUGCGUAAGGCAGAUCCAGUUCCUAAUGGUUUAAGAGCUUUGCCAGUUUUCUAUGCCUGCACAAUUGGAAUAAACCUCUUUUCCAUCAUGUAUACUGGAGCACCUUUGCUGGGCUUUGACAAACUUCCUCUGUGGGUUACCAUCCUCAUCUCGGUGGGAUGUGCAGUUUUCUGUGCCCUUUUCGUCUGGUUCUUUGUAUGUCCCAGGAUGAAGAGAAAAAUUGAACGAGAAAUAAAGUGCAGUCCUUCGGAAAGCCCCUUGAUGGAGAAAAAGAACAGCUUGAAAGAAGACACUGAAGAGACCAAGUUGUCUCUGGGGGAUAUUGAAAGUAGGAGUCCUGUUUCUGAUGUAGAAUCUGCUCCUGUGCCCCUUCGGGCUGUGGUGGAGGAAAGGACAGUCUCUUUCAAACUUGGAGACUUGGAGGAAGCUCCCGAGCGAGAGAGGCUUCCAAGUGUGGAUCUGAAAGAGGAAACCAACAUAGACAGUGCCAUAAAUGGUGCAGUGCAGUUGCCUAAUGGGAAUCUUGUUCAGUUCAGUCAAACAGUCAGUAACCAAAUCAACUCCAGUGGCCACUAUCAGUAUCACACCGUGCAUAAAGAUUCUGGCUUGUACAAAGAGCUGCUCCAUAAGUUACAUCUUGCUAAGGUGGGAGACUGCAUGGGAGACUCUGGAGACAAACCCUUGAGACGAAAUAAUAGCUAUACUUCCUAUACUAUGGCAAUUUGUGGCAUGCCUCUGGACUCAUUCCGUGUAAAAGAAGGUGAACUAAAAGGUGAAGAAAUGGAGAAGUUGACAUGGCCUAAUGCAGACGCCAAGAAGCGAAUUCGAAUGGAUAGCUACACCAGUUACUGCAAUGCUGUGUCUGAUAUUCACUCUCCAUCUGAGGCAGACGUUGACAAGGGAGAGAUGGGCUUGGGUGACGGAAAAGGAAGUAGUGGCUCCCUAGAAGAAGAAUGGUAUGAUCAGGAUAAACCGGAAGUGUCUCUCCUCUUCCAGUUCCUGCAGAUCCUUACAGCCUGCUUUGGGUCAUUUGCUCAUGGUGGCAAUGAUGUCAGCAAUGCCAUUGGUCCUCUAGUUGCUUUGUAUCUGGUUUAUACCAAGGAAGAUGUUUAUUCAAAAGCAGCAACACCAGUAUGGCUUCUACUCUAUGGUGGUGUUGGAAUCUGCAUUGGCCUGUGGGUCUGGGGAAGGAGAGUUAUUCAGACCAUGGGGAAAGAUCUGACACCAAUCACCCCCUCUAGUGGCUUCAGUAUUGAACUGGCAUCUGCUCUCACUGUAGUAAUUGCAUCAAACAUUGGCCUUCCCAUCAGCACAACGCAUUGUAAAGUGGGCUCCGUUGUGUCCGUUGGCUGGCUCCGCUCUAAGAAGGCUGUGGACUGGCGACUCUUCCGCAACAUUUUUGUGGCCUGGUUUGUGACAGUCCCCAUAUCUGGUGUGAUCAGUGCUGCUAUCAUGGCAGUCUUCAAAUAUGUCAUCAGGGUGUAAAGCUUUGCGAUUGAUUUGUGUCAGAGUUUGGCACCACUUUACACAUUCCUCCUUCCUUGAAGAAUGACUACAGUGUUACAGAAGACUGACAAGGAGUCUUUAAAGUUUGGGAGCCGUGGGAGGGAAGUGUUACUUCUGCUGUAAUUGCUUUUGUGCUAAAUAUGACUUGUCUCAAAAUCAGCUAUAUAAAACAGCCAGGUUCCAACUGGUUCAUACUGAAGUCUCAUUUCCUUCUGGCUGUGAAUUCCUGUACAUAUUUCUACUUUUGUAUAAGGCUUCAAUUCCAUUAUCUUUAA